CACCAUUCAUUACUAUUGAUGAAUUCUAACCUCAAGCCUCAAGCCUCAAGCCUCAAGCUCUCAAAACUCAAAACACAAUCAUAAGUGACAACACCACCACUUCACUCUACACAACCCCAAAAACACACAGCGCAACCCAAUCCCCUCCAAGUAACCAUGACACUCCUACGCAUUCACCCACAAAAAUACCGACCCAUCAUCCAGAAAAUAAACAAGAUUUCCACGUCUGGAAAAUGUAGUUUUAGCACCCGCAGCGCAAAUACUAUAUCAGCUAGGAAUAUUGAUUCAGGUGCUGGAAGAGGAGUUUGCGUAGGGAUACCACUCAUCCAGAGGACAUCGACGCGAAGCACAGCAUGGAGUAUACGUACUGGCAGAUCGGAGAGGAGAACAUACGCGACAGCAACGCCUGCUGAUGCAAUAAUUGAAGAUUUAACAGAGCAGUAUUCAGUCGCUCGAGAUGAAUUUGAGGUUCGUUCUAUUAUCCUAUCAUUCUAUAUUUCUCUUUCGAUUUAAUUCCCAUCUUCUGCUUUCAAUUACAAAACAAACAAACUAACACCCACACCUCCAGAUAGCCAGCGAAGAAACAAGCAAAAACUCCGUCUACGCAGCCGAUGAUCGCGCAGCCGCAGCAGAAGAACUCCAAAAAUUGAAAGAAAUGUAUGGGACUGCUAUUGCGGGGGAGUAUGGAGAGGAGAUUCAACGGAGGGUGGGUCAACGGGUGAGGGAAUUGGAACAGGGGAUUUUGGCUUUGGAGGAGAGGGCCAGGGAGGAUCAUUAGAGGUAAGAAUUACUUUGUAGGGGGUGGGAUAUUUGGAGGGGAAGAGUGGGAGUCAGCGGAUCGCCGGUUUGGAAUUAUAGAUAUUGAUGGCGAUGUAUAGUGGGUGAAUGAGAUAUUGUGCAUGGUGGAUGGGGAGGUGAAAAUGAAUUUCACGAUGAAUACUCUCGAAAGGUUUUCGAGUUUCCGGAGUGGAAAAAUGGCUUGGAUGCUCUCUUGAGUUGGACUCUGAAUAGCACAGCAUGAAGAAAUGAAGAAUCGACAGAAUAGUUUAUGAAGCUUGCUUUGAGAGACUCAUGAGUGAUAUAAU